GGUUUUGCAGUGUAAAAGACGAAUAACAAUCAGAUUAUUCUGAGUUCCGAAAUCUGGGAAGCCUCGGAUGGGACAGGACUGGAACCUGACCUGGCACACGGAGAGCCCGGAUUUUACGUCCUGCUUUCAGAACACGGCCCUUGUCUGGACCCCCUGCCUUUGCCUCUGGGCGGGCUUCCCCUUCUACUUUGCCUACCUUCGCCGCCAUGACCGGGGCUACAUCCAAAUGUCUCCUCUCAACAAAGCCAAAACGACCUUGGGCCUCUUACUGUGGCUUGUCUGCUGGGCAGACCUUUUCUACUCUUUCUGGGAAAGAAAUCACAACAUUGUACGAGCUCCAGUUUUUUUAGUUAGUCCUACAAUUUUGGGCAUAACAAUGCUGCUUGCCACGUUUUUGAUACAGUGCGAGAGGAUGAAAGGCGUCCAGUCCUCAGGAGUGAUGCUCCUCUUUUGGUUGAUUGCGUCCCUGUGCGCUGCCGUAACCUUCAGAUCCAAAAUUAUGCACGCUCUCAGCAGGGAUGCAGAAAUUGACAUCUUUCGCUCUACCACUUUCUACACCUACUUCGCUUUGGUGCUAAUACAGCUUAUACUGUCCUGCUUCCCAGAACAUCCACCUUUAUUUUCAGAAAACGUUCGAGUCCCUAAUCCCUGCCCGGAGUCCAGUGCGUCCUUCCUCUCCAAGAUCACGUUUUGGUGGAUCUCUGGGCUGAUGAUCCAUGGGUACCGGCAGCCCUUGGAAGCAAAAGACUUGUGGUCUCUGAACAAGGAGGACACGUCGGAGGAGGUGGUGCCCAGCCUGACUCGCAACUGGGCCCGGGAAUACACCUGGGCUAAGAAGCUUCCCAGCCCAAUGCUGUACUCGCCCAAGAAGCCGGCCAAGCUGAGAGACUCCGGCUCGGACAUGGCGGAAGAGGCAGAAGCCCUGAUCCUCGGCCCGCCCACCAGGAGCCGGCAGCCCUCGCUCUUCAGGGCACUCUGCAGGACCUUCGGGCCCUACUUCCUGAUGAGCUUCCUCUUCAAGGCCUUCCACGACCUCAUGAUGUUCACAGGACCCGAGCUCUUGAAGCUGCUGAUUACCUUCGUCAACGACAAAAGUGCUCCCAGCUGGCAAGGCUUCCUCUACACGGGGCUCCUCUUCAUCUCGGCCAGCCUGCAGACGCUUGUCCUCCACCAGUAUUUCCACAUCUGCUUUGUGACGGGGAUGAGGCUCAAAACGGCCGUCAUCGGGGCCGUCUACCGAAAGGCCUUGGUCAUCACAAAUUCGGCACGGAAGACUUCCACGGUGGGGGAAAUCGUUAACCUGAUGUCAGUGGAUGCCCAGCGGUUCAUGGACUUGGCCACCUACAUCAACAUGGUGUGGUCGGCUCCCUUGCAAGUGAUGCUGGCCUUGUAUUUGCUGUGGCAGAAUUUAGGUCCUUCCGUGUUGGCGGGUGUGGCGGUCAUGUUGCUCCUGGUUCCAGUGAACGCCGUGAUCGCGAUGAAGACCAAAACCUAUCAGGUUGCUCACAUGAAGAGUAAGGACAGCCGGAUUAAGCUGAUGAAUGAAAUUCUCAACGGGAUCAAAGUGUUGAAGCUUUAUGCCUGGGAGCUGGCCUUCAAGCGGAAAGUCCUGGAGAUCCGGCAAGAAGAGCUGAAGGUCCUCAAGAAAUCUGCCUACCUUGCGGCCAUGGGCACCUUCACCUGGGUGUGCGCCCCAUUCCUGGUGGCUUUGUCCACGUUCGCUGUUUAUGUGACCAUUUCGAAAGAGAAUGUUCUGGAUGCCCAGAAGGCAUUUGUGUCUCUGGCGUUGUUCAACAUCCUCCGGUUCCCACUCAACAUCCUUCCGAUGGUCGUCAGCAGCAUCGUGCAAGCCAGCGUUUCCCUGAAGCGUCUCCGGGUGUUCCUGUCCCACGAAGAGUUGGAUCCAGACAGUGUCAUCCGAGGCGCUAUCAAAAAUGCGGGCGGCAAUAGCGUGAGCAUGAAGAGCGCCUCCUUCAGCUGGUCGCGGACUGACCCCCCGGUGCUGAACAACAUUAACUUUGCCAUUCCGGACCCAUCCUUGGUGGCUGUGGUGGGCCAGGUCGGGUGCGGCAAAUCCUCUCUCUUGUCGGCUCUCUUGGGAGAAAUGGAGAAGCAGGAAGGGCACGUCUCUCUCAGGGGCUCUGUCGCUUACGUCUCUCAGCAAGCCUGGAUCCAGAACGCCACUUUGCAGGAGAAUGUUUUGUUUGGACGGGAGCUGAACGAGCGGCGCUACCAGCGGGUGAUUGAGGCCUGCGCCCUCCUGCCCGACUUGGAGAUUUUCCCUUCGGGAGACCAGACUGAGAUUGGAGAGAAGGGGGUGAACCUGUCGGGCGGCCAGAAGCAGAGGGUCAGCCUGGCCCGGGCCGUCUAUGCCGAUGCUGACGUUUACUUGAUGGAUGACCCCUUGUCUGCGGUGGACGCACACGUCGGGAAGCACAUUUUCGACAAAGUCAUUGGGCCGAAGGGCAUCCUGAAAAAUAAAACUCGGAUUCUGGUGACCCACGGGGUCAGUUACCUGCCGCUGAUGGACACAAUUAUAGUGCUGUCCGAAGGCAAAAUAUCGGAGAUGGGGUCAUAUCAAGAGCUGCUGAAGCAAGACCGGGCCUUUGCGGAGUUCCUGCGCACAUACGCCGGGGCGGAUCAGAACGCGGCCGACCAAGAGCCACCCAGUCCGGUCACGAAGGAAGAAAAACUCCUGGAGAACGGGGUUCUGGCCUGCGAACACUCAGCCCAAGUCAUGAGGCAGGUCAGCAACUCCUCGACAUACAGCAGCGAAACCGAGAAGUCCUUGGUGCAGAACAGCACGGCCAAGAUUCAGAAGGCGCCAGAAGGGAAGAACGCCUGGAAAUUAACCGAAGCGGACACCGCCCAGACGGGGAGAGUCAAGAUGAUCGUCUACUGGGAGUACAUGAAAGCCAUCGGGCUGGGCAUCUCCUUUGUGAGCAUCUUCCUCUUCAUGUGCAACCACGUGGCCUCCCUGGCUUCCAAUUACUGGCUCAGCCUGUGGACAGACGACCCCGUCGUCAACGGGACGCAGCAGCACACCAACCUCCGCCUGGGGGUAUACGGCGCCCUGGGAAUAUCUCAAGGGGUCGCAGUGUUUGGGUACUCCAUGGCGGUUUCCGUGGGAGGGAUAUUCGCUUCCCGCCACCUCCAUCUGGACCUGCUGCACAACGUCCUCCGGUGCCCCGUGAGCUUCUUCGAGCAGACGCCCAGUGGGAAUCUGGUGAACCGCUUCUCCAAAGAGAUGGACACCAUCGACUCCGUCCUCCCGCAGAUCAUCAAGAUGUUCAUGGGCUCACUCUUCAACGUCCUCGGGGCCUGCGUCAUCAUCCUCCUGGCCACGCCAGUCGCGGCCGUGGUCAUCCCUCCCCUGGGACUCCUCUACUUCUUCGUGCAGCGGUUCUAUGUUGCCACCUCGCGCCAGUUGAAGCGCCUGGAGUCGGUCAGCCGCUCUCCCGUGUACUCGCACUUCAACGAGACGCUCCUGGGCGUCAGCGUCAUCCGGGCCUUUGAAGAGCAGGAGCGGUUUAUAAGGCAGAGCGACCUGAAAGUGGACGAAAACCAGAAGGCCUACUAUCCCAGCAUUGUGGCCAACCGGUGGCUGGCGGUCCGGCUGGAGUCCGUGGGGAACUGCAUCGUCCUCUUUGCAGCCCUGUUUGCCGUCAUUGCGCGCCGCAGUCUGAGCCCAGGGCUGGUGGGCCUCUCCAUCUCCUACUCGCUGCAGAUCACCACUUACUUAAACUGGUUGGUUCGCAUGUCAUCCGAGAUGGAGACCAACAUUGUAGCUGUGGAAAGAGUCCAGGAAUACUCAGAAAAGGAAAAAGAGGCCGAGUGGACCUCCGAGCAAGCAGCUGCCCCAGGGGGUUGGCCUCACGAAGGGCGGGUGGAGUUCCGGGGCUACAGCCUUCGUUACAGGAGCGACAUGGACCCAGUGCUGCGGAACAUCUCUGUCGUGAUACGUGGCGGGGAGAAAGUGGGCAUAGUUGGAAGAACCGGGGCUGGAAAGUCCUCUCUGACACUCGGCUUGUUUCGGAUCAAGGAGGCGGUGGAAGGAGAGAUCCUCAUUGACGGGGUUAACAUUGCCCAAAUUGGGCUCCAUGACCUUCGCUUCAAGAUCACCAUCAUCCCCCAGGAUCCCAUCUUGUUUUCUGGCUCCUUGCGCAUGAAUCUGGACCCUUUUGACCAAUACACUGACGAGGAUGUCUGGACGUCUCUGGAGCUGGCUCACUUGAAAACCUUUGUCUCUUCACUCCCUGAUAAGCUCCACCACGAGUGCUCAGAAGGUGGAGAAAACCUCAGCGUGGGUCAGCGGCAGCUGGUGUGCCUCGCUCGGGCCUUGCUGCGGAAAUCCAAAAUCCUCGUUUUGGAUGAAGCCACUGCAGCCGUAGACCUUGAGACAGACAGCCUGAUCCAGUCGACGAUCCGAGCGCAGUUUGAGGGUUGCACGGUCCUGACCAUCGCUCACCGCUUGAACACCAUCAUGGACUACACACGGGUGAUCGUCCUCGAGAAAGGCGAAAUUGUGGAGUCCGGGGCUCCUGCCACUCUCCUCGAGAGCGGAGGCCUCUUCUACGACAUGGCCAAAGACUCUGGCUUGGUCUGACCAGGUGAAGCCGGCCUUCCCCCGGCCCCACUUCAGGGCAGAGGCACAGGCAGGCCGGUGGCAUCUGCCAGAACCCGUGGCUGCCGUCCGGCUUCACGCAAGGAGCUGCACCUGGACAAUGCGAUGGCCGCUUCCUCCUCCUCCCCCCAUCCUGGGCCCUUGCUCAAGGGGGAGCACAGCUGCAGGAAGCGCAGAAGGGGGCUCCCCUGACCUGAAGGACCAUCUUGCUGGACUUACCGUUUGCACAAAAAAAAUCUGUAUUUUAACUUAUUCUGGUGGUGGGACAAAGGAGCUGUAGGGUUUGACCGUAGGAGACUUAGAAAGGGCCCUUUCAGUUUUUAACAGCUUCGGCCAAGACCCAAGUGUUGCAGCAAGCUAAAGGCUGUUACGAUGCGAAAAAGCAAAAUUGUUAUUUCUGCUGAAUUGUUUCCCCUCUUAGGGCUGGUUUUUCCACAGGCGCUUUCUCGUCUUAUGUCCUCCUUUAUUUGGGUGCCUUUGUCACGUUUUAAGCGAAGGAAAACCCUAACCAGCUUGGGAGCUUAGAACCAUCCGUUUGAAUAACGUGGACUUUUUUUUAAGGGAAAGAAAGAAGCCCUAGACACACCUUUUCGCAGAAUACAAUUAUUUAUUUAAUUUUUGUAAAUAAAUUUCUUUAAAGUUAAGCA